AUGGAUAGUUGCAAGGAAAUGUCUACUCCAAUGGGAUCCAGAUCUUAUAUUGAUCAAGAUGAAUCUGGUGUUUCAAUUGACAUCACAAAGUAUAGAGCCAAUCCAAAGGAAUCACAUCUCACCACUGUUAAAAGGAUCAUGAAGUAUCUCAAAGGAACAACAAAUGUCGGCCUAUGGUAUCCUAAAGGUAUUAUUUGCAAUUUAGUUGGUUAUUCUGACGCUGAUUAUACAAGAAGUAAAACUGAUCGAAAAAGCACUAGUAGUACAUGUCACAUCCUUGGAAAUGCAUUAGUAUCAUGGGCUUGCAAGAAACAAGCAUGUGUUGCUCUUAGCACUGUCGAAGCGGAAUACAUAGCAGCAGGAGAUGUUGAAGUCACAUUUGUGGAUACUCAUAAUCAACUCGCCGACAUCUUCACGAAACCAUUGGCACGAGAACCGUUUACAAAAUUCGAAGGGAACUAG